ACCACUUUCUAAAUAACAACAUGACGGUGGCUGCUUGUCUCAGUGAAACGCUUAUCUUGGUAUCGGUUAGCAAGCAACAACCUUCGGCUUGGUUCACAGCUAAUCAUAUGAUUGCACAUUUAGGAAGCGAACCUCACAAUUGAACUGACAGUUUAUGCUACAAAAUGGACUACUUGCUGCAGGUGAAAAUAGGCGCUCUGAUCGGUUUACUGCUUUUAACACUUCUUUUUGGAUUUAUCCCUGCUAAAGUGAGAUGGUUCAGAGAUACAAACGGCACAGAAACCCACCGCACAGUUCUGAGUCUGAUCAGCUGUUUCGCCGGCGGGGUUUUCCUGGCAGCAUGUCUCCUCGAUAUCAUUCCAGAUUAUCUGUCAGACAUCACCGCUGAGCUGAAUUCCCGGAAGGUGGAGACCAGUUUCCCACUUCCAGAGUUCAUCAUGGCAGCCGGUUUCUUCACGGUCCUCAUACUGGAGAGGAUUGUCCUGAACUGUCGGGAGAUGGGAGUGGCUCAGGAGGAGAGGGCUCCCCUUAUGCCGGACAACAGAAAUGGACACGGGCAUGGCCAUGGAAUAAGCCCUGAUCUGGAGAGCAGCGGCCACCACGUCCAUGUUGACUUUCAGGCUCACUCCCCAUUUCGUUCCUUCAUGCUCUUCCUCUCCCUCUCGCUCCACUCAGUUUUUGAGGGUCUUGCUAUCGGCCUGCAGAACACGGACUCAAAGGUAAGACAGAAAGUUUUUCACCUGAUGUUGAAGGUGUCCUUUUAAAGUUAUUUAAGUUUAACUUAUUGAAAGUUACUUCUCUGGUGCUUCUGGAUUUAUUACAUGUCAUGCACUUUAUAAACAUUCGUUUGAGAAAGGUGCUGUACAAAUAAAGGUGGAAUCACAUUCACAGCACUCAUAUAGCCAAAGAAAGUAGGGUUUCAGUUUGCUGCUUCAGGACGCUUUCACAGGACUGGAAACUUGCUGUCAUCUGACUCAGAACUGUCUUCCUAAACGGCCUAAACAGUCUCAUUACUAUCAAUGUUCCC